CGCGCUCCGCGCCCCCUUCUCUUUCAGCCUCGGGCGCGGGGGAGGUUCGGCGGACCUGCAGAUUGGGAACCGAUAUGGCGGCGACUCUGGGCAGCGGGGAGCGCUGGACGGAAGCUUACAUUGAUGCAGUUAGAAGAAACAAAUACCCAGAAGACACACCUCCUGAGAGUCAUGAUCCCUGUGGCUGCUGUAACUGCGUGAAGGCACACAAGGAAAAGAAGUCUGAGAAUGAGUGGACUCAGACCCGGCAGGGUGAGGGGAGCUCCAUGUAUAGUGAGGAACAGCUGCUUGGGGUACAAAGGAUCAAGAAAUGCAGAAAUUACUAUGAAAUUCUGGGAGUUUCUCGAGAUGCCAGUGAUGAAGAGCUUAAGAAAGCUUACAGAAAACUCGCCCUCAAAUUUCACCCUGACAAGAACUGUGCUCCUGGAGCAACAGAUGCUUUCAAAGCAAUAGGAAAUGCAUUUGCAGUCCUGAGCAAUCCUGAUAAGAGACUUCGCUAUGAUGAAUACGGAGAUGAACAGGUGACUUUCACUGCCCCUCGAGCCAGACCUUAUAAUUAUUACAGGGAUUUUGAAGCUGACAUCACUCCAGAAGAACUAUUCAACGUCUUCUUUGGAGGACAUUUUCCUACAGGAAAUAUUCAUAUGUUUUCAAAUGUGACAGAUGACGCUCACUAUUACCGCCGACGGCACCGACAUGAGAGGACACAGACUCAGAAGGAGGAGGAAGAAGAGAAACCUCAGACUACAUAUUCUGCAUUUAUUCAGCUACUUCCAGUUCUUGUGAUUGUGAUUAUAUCUGUCAUUACUCAGCUGCUGGCUACUAAUCCCCCAUAUAGUCUGUUCUAUAAAUCGACCUUGGGCUACACCAUUUCUAGAGAAACUCAGAACCUGCAGGUGCCUUACUUUGUGGAUAAAAACUUUGACAAGGCCUACAGAGGAGCUUCUCUGCAUGACCUGGAGAAGACAAUAGAGAAGGAUUACAUUGAUUAUAUCCAGACUAGUUGUUGGAAGGAGAAACAACAAAAGUCAGAGCUGACAAAUUUGGCAGGAUUAUACAGAGAUGAACGAUUGAAACAGAAAGCAGAGUCGCUGAAACUUGAAAACUGUGAGAAACUUUCCAAACUCAUUGGCCUACGCAGAGGUGGCUGAGAGGAUAAUGGUCCUAUGCAGGGCUGGGGUUUUGCUACUUGUUCCUAUUUAUGUUCCUGAUUCCAUUUUAUAAUACAAAAUUAGGUAAUGGUGAACACUUUACUAUUUGCUAAGUUCGUUGGUUGGGCAGAGUGGCAGGAGCAUGGGCACGAGAGCCAGACGUGUCCUCACAGAAUCCUUCCUGGGGAGUGACUCCAGGUCCCAGGAGGAGUUCAUCUAAGUUAAAUUAAUGGCAAAGCAUUGGAUUCUGUUUCCCUGCUCCAUGCCUACCCUGCCUCUGUGAAUAGAGUUCAGGGCAUCCCAGAGCAGAUCCAUGUUUUCUUCCUUCUUCCCUUCUUCAGUGAAGUCUUAAGACCCAGGCAUUCCUAGGCUUAGCCAAAGCUUAAUAUUAGUUAUUUACACUGUCUACCAAGAAUUAUACCUCUCCCUUCAUUAAAGUCAUCAUCUCUGCCAAGAUUUAGCCUUUGGAACAUGUUCCUGCCCAGCUUUCCAUUUUCUAGGGGAAUAUGGAGAAAUUUAAACUAUUGUAGUCAAUAGUUUUCUAUUAUUCCAAUCUCUGCUCAGUAGCAUUAGCAAACUGCCUGAUUUGAGUUUCCUUUAUUUCCUUAACCCUCUCUCUUUCAGAGGGUCCAGAAAUUAAAACUACUGAGCAGCAUCCGGAGGCAGGGGCCAGGGUGAAGGUAUAAAGCAAGACCGAGCCUCAUCUCCUCCAUGAAGCCUCCCUAGUCCAUCAUAGAACCCAGAGAAUGUCCCUUCGGUCAUUUCUCCUCAGUGUCAUCAUUGGUGUCAUCGCACUUGGGCUGAGUUCCUAUAUCCCACAGAGGCAGAUGGUCAGACCCAGGAGGAGGCAUUGCCAUUUCUCCAGGCUGUUUGCUCAAGCCUAGAGAUACAGGGGACAGAUCCUCUCUCCCUGGAUAUGGGGGUCUAGCACUGGCCCCAGUAGCCACUUUGUUUAACCCGGUAUCCUAUAGUUUGUGAUUUGAGAUGCUUUUUCCAUUUAUUGAGUGCCUACUAUAAAAGCAGGGGCUCUCACACAUAUUUUCUUAAGCCUCCUCACAACUCUGAAGUAGAUGUAUUAUCCCUGGUUCUAUGAAUGAGAACAUUGGCCCAGAGAGGAUGACACAGGUCAUACAGCUGAUAGUGGCAGAGUGAGACAGCAGGCUGAGUGUCAAGUAGAAAGUGGGAGAGAGCAUCCUCAUGUCUCAGGUGAUUCUAGCCAGACUGGUAAAGCAGAACCUUUCCCGAGGAUGCCUCUGUCCUCCCCAACCCCAUGACACCUCGUCCUUUCUAUGGUAAUCCUGAAUCCAUUCAGGACGUCCCUGAUGCUCUUUAAGGAGCAGGACCCUGUCUAACAUAAAUUCUGUACACAAAAUAAGAGGUCCAUCACAGGCAAGGAACCCUCCCACUGGUGACAAGAAAGAAUUCAGUCACUGCCUGGGCUGUGUGGUUCUGGGCCUUCCUGUAGAGCUGAGCUGCCUGGAUUAUCAUGACUCUGAACUUGGAAGGAUCAUUAAGUGACUGUAGCCUACACUCCAUGCUUCCUUCAUAUUGGAAGAAAAGUUUCUGUUAGAGAGUCGGCCGGGUGCAGUGGCUCAUGCCUGUAAUCCCAGCACUUUGGGAGGCUGUGGCAGGUGAAUCACCUGAGGUCAGGGGUUCAAGACCAGCCUGGUCAACACGGUGAAACUCCGUCUCUACUAAUAAUACAAAAAUUAGCCAGGCGUGGUGGCAUACACCUGUAGUCCCAGCUACUCAUUCUCUGAUGAGAAUCGCUGCAACCUGCGAGGCGGAGAUUACAGUUAGCUGAGACCACGGCAUUGCACUCCAGCCUGGGCAACAGAGUGAGACUGUAUCAAAAAAAGAAAAAAAAAAAAAAAAAAGAGAGCAUCUACAUUAGAACAGAUUCCAAAGUAAAGUCUCUUCAUCCCAAUGCAUGGCCAUGAUUUACACAGACGUGCCUAGCAUGGCUCACCAACAUCUGAACGGUUGUUCCCUACCAUGCCUCUGCAGGCAUUGCACAGGGUCAGGAGAUGGGUUCACAGGUAAAGAUUGGGGGCUUUAGUGGCUUGUAGGGGACAACUGCUCAGUUGUAGGGAGAGGGAGCAUUUCUAGAAAUAGCCAGAUUUUGCUACCCAACUAGGUCUGUCCUGGUUUUGGGGGCCCCUUCUUGAUCCCCUCUGAGUGACUGAGGGAGGUUACAUUGUAAAAUGUGUCCAUGAGCUAAACAGGCUUAUGGAAAGUUCUUAUAUACACAAAAAAAUCAAAGCUCUCCUCUCCCCAUCCCUAACCUCUGCUAGAAAAUUUGCCAUAAUGAAACUGACUUGACAGAUUAAAAGACCCUGUCCUCGAUGGCCAGGAAUUGGAUAGUCACACAUUUUAUGGACUUCAUGGCAGCGAUGAGUAAUCUGUGAUGAUACUAAAUAGAGGCAAUAGUAACUAACUCCAUUAAAUGUCAUGCUGAUUGUCUGUUUUUAUAGCACUGAUGAUACUGUUUUAUUUAUUACCAAUAGACCACAACAUUCACAUCUGUUUUUCCUCAAGGGAACCAUAUUUGCUUUUGGUUGAAGGAUUUAUCUAUUUGAUACUAUCCAGAAUAUUGUUAAACUAUAAUUUCCUGGGUUAUAUUUUAGAUGGGUUGUCUGCAUGGUGGUAAAAUAAGCUUUUUCCUCUUGCCUACAUCCUUUGGAAGAUCUCCUGAUCAUACAUAACUAGGUAGGGCUUAUUCUUGCUGUUGGAGCUUGGCACCCAGCUCUAGACUGUUUCUUUGAGUAUUACUGCAGAUUGGAGACGUGUGUGAUAGGAGCAGGGCUCAGAAAUAGGGCUUGAGGCUCAAGCAGAAACUGAAGCUGUCAUUCAAAUGAAGGUGCUCUCUCUACUGCAUGAUCGACAGUGAGGAAAGGAGGAUGAAAAUCCUUCUUAUCACUAAGAGCUUGAAGGAAUCCACGUCCCCAGAUUAGCAACCCUAGAGUUCAUCUGCGCAAGCUAGGAGAAGUGUAAGCUUCCUUGAUCAGCGCAGGCCUUACAGCACAGGAGCAGUGACCAGUAAGGAAAUGCCACUGCUGUGCUUUCUGUUGGAAACUGCUGGAAAAUACAGUGAACUGGCCGGGCACAGUGGCUUAUGCCUGUAAUCCCAACACUUUGAAAGGCUGAGGCAGGCAGAUGGUUUGAGGUCAGGAGUUCAAGACCAGCCUGGCCAACAUGGUGAAACCCCGUCUCUACUAAAAAUGCAAAAAUUAGCCGGGCAUGGUAGCAGGUGUCUGUAAUCCCAGCUCCUCGGGAAGCUGAGGCAGGAGAAUCGCUUGAGCCUGGGAGGCGGAGGUUGCAGUGAGCCGAGAUUGCAGCAGUGCACUCCAGCCUGGGUGACAGAGUGAGACUCUGUUUCAAAAAAAAAAAAGAAAAUGCAGUGAACUUCAGAUGCCACUGGAACAUGGGUUCUAGCAGCCUGGUCAAACUAUGUGUCAUUCUUUUUCCUCCUUAUACUCAGGACGGGCUUUGUGAGGAGGCACUGUGCGGUUCCAGUGACUUUCUGUUACAGCUGGCCACACCACACAAGCAAGUGCCUCAUCUGCAUGCAGUGCUCCUCACAGGAGCUUGCACUUCAUUCCUAUUUAUUCUGCCCUCAUUUAAGGUGUGAGCUUAGUGCCCUAAUAUAUUUAUUUUUGGAAAGGGCCAAGUUACAAAACAUCUUUUUUUUGAGGCUGCACUGUUGAUAUGGCAUGCAGUGACCACCAAGAAAGUAUAUACUCAUGUGUUAGAUACUGAUUACAUCAUUUACAUCAUGCUCAGUAUUUGGAAUUGAAGAUGUGAAUGUUCUGUGACCAGAGUAGGGAUGACACAAAUGGAAUCAGCUCCUGGUGGACUAAGAAUCUUGAAAAAAUCUAGCCACCUCAUCCACUAUAUCUGGAUUAAAUGUAUUUUAACAAAAACAUUAAACAAUUUUAUAUAAAAAGAA